CCCCAUCCCUUCAAAAUGUACAAACUGAUCGUAUUCACUGCUUUCUUGGCUGUAGCCGCCGCAGCCCCUGGUUUAUACGGUGCUCCUCUCGCUUCCCCAUGGGGCCAUGGUAUCGGUGUAGCCCCCGUGGUCAGCGCCCCGAUAGUGAGGACUGCUGUUCCUGUUGCCACCUCAUACGCCAACACUGUUAGAAUCGCCGGCCCAGCUCUCGCAGUAGCCCACGCUCCAGUCGUAGCCGCCCAUGGUCCAGUUUUAGCCGCACCUUACGCCCACGGAUGGUCUAGACCACUGUAUAAAUACGUCCGACAAGUGGAAGAAAGCAUCAGUUUAUCUUUGUACCUCAAUCUUGAACCUACACAGACCACGAUGAACUCGCUGGUGGUGUUGCUUUCCGUGAUGGCGCUCUCAGCCGCCUCUCCCUCUGGGCUGGUCUACGGACCGGGAGUGCUCAGCUACUCUGCUCCAACAUUGGCUGUUGGCCCAUCAGCUGUUUCCCAUCAAUCCCGUGUGGACAUCAAGUCGACUCCAGCUAUUGUAUCCGAGACAAUCACCCCUGUAGCUCGCGCUGCCAUUGCUGAACAAGCUGCUGUUGUAGCCGCCCCUGCUGCGUACGCUGGCCCAGUAGCCUACUCUGCUCCCCUGGCUCAAUUAGCUUACUCUGCUCCCGCUGCUCAAGUAGCAUACUCUGCUCCCGUUGCUCAAGUAGCAUACUCUGCUCCCGUUGCUUCAGUAGCAUACUCUGCUCCCGCUACUCCAGUAGCAUACUCUGCUCCCGCCGCCAUUGCUGCCCCCGUCGCCAUCGCCCCAGCUGCCGUAUCAAGCCAGUCGAGAGUAGACAUUAAGACUUCACCAGCCGUUAUAAACACUGUAGCCUCCGCUCCAUGGUUGAACAGCGUUGCCGCUGCCCCUAUUGCAUACAGCGCUCCAUUCGGGUCCGUAUACGGACCUUCUGCUAUAGCCGCUGUGGCGCCAUCAGUCUUCAGAUCUGCUGAAAUUGCAUCAGUAGCUGUUGCUCCAGCCGUUGCUGCGCCUGUUGAUGCCGCCGCUCUUCCAGUUGCCCCCGAAGAAACACCUGAGGUAGCCGCUGCCCGCGCUGCUCACUUAGAAGCUAAAGCUCAGGCUGAGGCCGAGGCUCACUCCAUCCACAAACGUUCAGCCCAGUUUAUCGCUGCUCCAGUUGUCUCUUCCUACGCUACUCCCAUUGUCUCGUCAUACGCCGCUUCUCCCGUCGUCUACUCUGCCACUGUGCCGCGUUACUCCACUUACGGCGUACCAGCGCCAUACUACGCAAGAGUGCUGUGAACACCAUCACAAAAGUGAGAAGUAUUAACAUUAGAAAUUCAAAAAAAACAAUUAUUUUCAGUUUUUACUUUUCGGUUCAAAUGAGAUCAAGUAGUACAAUAAAAAUAUAAAUAAACAGUAACAAUUACAAA